AUGGCCAAGGCUGCAAAAAAAAAAUAUAAUGGGGUAAGCACCUCAAAUAAGCAAGUUGAUGCUGAAAAGCAUAUGAAUUCAGUAUUUAAAUUUAAUACAGAUUUAGGUCAACAUAUUUUAAAAAAUCCCUUAGUUGCUCAAGGGAUUGUUGAUAAAGCGCAGAUUAAACCUUCCGAUAUUGUAUUAGAAGUUGGUCCAGGUACUGGUAACUUGACUGUUCGUAUUUUAGAGCAGGCACGUAAAGUUAUUGCUGUUGAAUUUGAUCCUAGAAUGGCUGCAGAAUUGACAAAGAGAGUACAUGGUACGCCUGCUGAAAAGAAGUUAGAUAUUAUAUUAGGUGAUUUUAUGAAAACAGAAUUGCCAUAUUUUGAUAUUUGUAUUUCAAAUACCCCUUAUCAAAUUUCAUCUCCAUUAGUAUUUAAAUUGAUUAAUCAACCGAAACCACCAAGAGUUUCGAUUUUAAUGUUUCAAAGGGAAUUUGCUAUGAGACUAUUAGCAAGGCCUGGGGAUACAUUAUAUUGUAGACUAUCAGCAAAUGUACAAAUGUGGGCAAAUGUCACUCAUAUUAUGAAGGUUGGAAGGAAUAACUUCAGACCACCACCACAAGUUGAGUCAAGUGUUGUCAGAAUUGAAAUUAAACAGCCAAGACCUCAAAUUGAUUUUACAGAAUGGGAUGGUUUGCUAAGAAUUGUUUUUGUUAGAAAAAAUCGUACUAUUAGUGCUGGUUUUAAAUCUAAUGCAAUUUUAGAAAUCUUAGAAAAAAACUACAAAGCAUGGCUUUCAAUGCAAAAUGAUAUGGAACUUGAUAUAGAUUCCAAUGAUUCAAUGAUUCCUAUUGUUAAAUCCAAGAUUGAGCAAGUUUUGAAAGAAACUAAUAUGAGCGAUAAGAGAGCAGGUAAAUGUGAUCAAAAUGAUUUUUUAAAAUUGUUAUACGGAUUCCAUCAAGUUGGUAUUCAUUUCUCUUAA